ACCGCCAGAUGGCAAUUGCUGCUCGCAGAUCCCGGGCCGAGCAGCGGCGGAGCACUCCCGGGACAGCGGGGUCACCCGCAGCGGGGGCUGGUUUUAUGAAUGAAGGGGCUGCCACCCCCCCGGCUCCUCCCUGCAGCCUCCCGGUGCGCUGGGUUUGCUGGAGGCCACUGGGCUGGCAACAGGGUGGGCUCGUCGCGCUGAGACCCUGCGGGCUCCCGGGCUGCUGGUGGCAGAGGUGACAUCCUGGCGCAGGACCAUGGUGCUGUGAGGGCGAGCUGUUGACCAGCAGGAUGCACGCUGACCCCCGCCACGGGCUGCCACUCGCUGCACUCCUCCUCUGCCUUCUCCUGCAGCAGCCAGGCAGCAGCAAGGCAUGGAAACAGCACGCCCCACGCCUUCGCCUUGCCUACAGAGAUCUUCUGAAAUCCAACAGCUCUCACCUGUUGCUGGCCUCAGGGGACCGGCUGGAUUUCCAAGCCCUCUUGGUGGAUGAAGACAGGGCCUGGCUGAUGGUGGGAGCAAAGAACCACAUCUUCCUGCUCCACCUGGACCAUCCCAAUAGAGAGCCCGAGAAGAUUUUCUGGCCAGCCCCCAGGGAGCAGGUGGAACAUUGCCAGCUGGCUGGGAAGAACGUGGAGACGGAGUGUGCCAACUUCAUUCGCCUCCUCCAGCCGUUCAACAGGAGCCAUGUGUUCGCCUGUGGGACCGGCUCCUACCAGCCUGUCUGUGCCUUCAUCCAGCUGGGAGCCAGGGGAAAGGGUCCCGGGGCUCCCCCCAUGCGGUUGGUGACCCACUCCUUGGAAUCAGGGCGAGGACGGUGCCCAUACAGCCCCCAUGAACCCUUCACAGGACUCCUUCUUGAUGGGGAGCUCUAUUCAGGCACCUCCAGCGACUUCAUGGGCAGCAGCGCCGCCUUCUUCCGGACCUGGGUUCAUGGAGCUGAGCAGAGCUACAUCCGCACAGAGCAGAACCAGGACCACUGGCUACACGAGCCUGCGUUUGUCGGUGCCUACGCCGUCCCUGAUACCUACAACCCACAUGAUGACAAGGUCUACAUCUUUUUCCGCGAGAUGGCCAUGGAAGCUGGGCAGUGGGAACGGCGGCACAUCCAUGCUAGGGUGGCCCGGGUCUGCAAGAACGACGUUGGAGGGAAGCGCAGCCUCAUCAACCGCUGGAGCACGUUCCUCAAGGCCCGCCUGGUGUGCUCCAUCCCCGGGCCCCAGGGCACUGAAACCCACUUCGACCAGCUUGAGGACGUUUUCCUCCUGCGCACCCGGGACCACCAGAACCCCCUCAUUUUUGGCCUCUUCACCGUCUCCAGCGGUGUCUUCAGUGGCUCUGCUGUCUGUGUCUACUCCAUGGCAGCCGUGAGAGCUGCCUUCAGUGGUCCCUUUGCACACAAGGAAGGAUUUGACUACCGCUGGGUAGAAUACAAGGGCCGUGUCCCCUAUCCCCGACCUGGCACGUGCCCCAGUGAGACGUACGACCCCCUCCUGCAGUCCACCAAGGACUUCCCCGAUGAGGUGAUCAGCUUCAUGCGCAGCCACCAGCUGAUGUGGGAGCCCGUGUACCCACAGGGCCGCCAGCCCGUCCUGGUGAAGGUCAAUGUCCCUUACCGGCUGCGGCGGCUGCUGGUGCACAGGCUGGAGAUGGAGAGCCGGCACUACGAUGUGCUCUUCCUCGGCACAGAUGAAGGUCAAGUGCUGAAGGUGGGGCUGGCCGGCGGGGUGAGCGGUGGCACCGAGGUGAUCAGUCUGGAGGAGAUCAGUGUCACUAAGGUGCCUUCUCCCAUCCUGGACAUGAAGUUAUCACCAAAGCGGCAGGAGCUGUUUGUGAGCAGCACCCAUGGGCUGCUCCAGCUCUCCUUGUACCGCUGCGAGCUCUACGGCAAAACUUGCACCGACUGCUGCCUGGCCCGGGACCCUUACUGCACCUGGGAUGGCAGGACCUGCGUCCCACAGCUCCUCACUGAGAAGAGACGUGCCCGCUGCCAGGACGUGCUGAAGUCUGACCCGCUCAGCCAGUGUCAGGACACAGCAGAGGGGACCACUGUCUCAGACAAGCUGGUUUUUGGCGUGGAGAAGAACUCAACCUUCUUGGAGUGCCUGGCACACUCCCCACAGAUGACUGUCCGGUGGCUGGUGCAGCACGGCGAGGAGACAGGACUGAGCGAGGUCAGGAGCAACGGACACUUCUCGGUGCUGGAGCAAGGGCUGCUGAUCCGCCAGCUGGCGAGGGAGGACGCGGGCACCUAUGAGUGCCAGGCGGUGGAGCGCUCCUUCUCCCGGCCCCUCACCCGAUACAGCCUCCGCGUCAUCCGGCACGAGGCCAUGGACAUGCCACCUUACAAACGGAACAAGGAGCUGGGAGGGACCCACCAGAGCCCCCGGCCCCGUCUUGACCUGCAGCCGAGCUACAAGGGCUUCCCACGGGCCCUGGGGGCACCGGGCACCAGCCUGGAUGUUUACUGCAAUGCCUUGCGGCACCAGGAGAGGCAGCGGCAGAAAACCUGGCACCAGAAGUGGCAGCACCCGUCUCCAGACAGCAAGAACGGCCGGGUGCGGAGGCACCCCCAGCCCCUGUGAGGGGCAGAGGGAACUGGGGUCACCCUCAGCUCCCUUCCCAGUAUCUCCAGGGCCCUUCUUGCAGGCAGGCAUCAGCUCCGAGACACCUUGCAGCUUCCUGUGCAGAAAAUGCCUCGCUGUUACUACCUCAAACCCUGCCAGUCCCCAAUGUCUCUCCAUGUGCCCUACAGGGCACGCUGGGGUGAGAACACGCAGCCUGCACCAGCUCUCCAAGACUCAAAGCUAUUUACGCAGCAGAAUAUUUAUUCUCCUUGUUUUCCCCUGGGCCUUAACAAUGGCCAUUAUCAGCAGCAAUAAUAAGCACAGAGGACAGAGAAGGGGGACAGCUGGCUCUCCCAAGUGGUUCCCUGACAGCCAGCAGCACCCAGCCCUGCCACAGACACCGUGCACCCACCCAGCCUUCCCCAGCAAGCACCGUGCCACAGCGGGGGCUCCUGCAGGUGGCUGCCAAGGUGCCAGUGGAGCCCAAAGGCCACUGGAGGCAGCAAGACACAGCUGCUUGCUGAGCCUGGGCUCCAGGAACAACGCACCUGGGGUUUGCAGAGACGGCCACACUCAGCCCAGCUCCGAUCCACUUCAAGCCACACUGCUUUUUAAAAUUUUGACAUUCAUUUUACUGAAAAAAAGGAAGAGAAGCAACAGGCAGCUAUACCAACUUACAAUUUAUUAUUUUUUUUAAAAAUGACAUGAAACACAAGUAAAAAUAAAUACAUCAUAUAAACAACAAA